AUGGAUUGCAAGGCACACUAUAAUAUGCUAAAGAGAAUUCAAGCAAAACAUGGACAGAAUAGCAGUGAGAAGGAUUGCAAGACAAUUAAAGAUAAAGUUAUUGAAGAGUUAAUAAUCAAAUCAAAACAAGCCAGACACAGCAUCCUAUUACUCUCAUCUGCUCCAGAGAAGAUGAAGAAAGAUGAUUUUGAGAUUGUGGUGUUCUCUGAUGAGAAUGAUGAGAAGGACAAUGAGAUGGAGAAUAAUUAA